AUGAGUCUACGCCGAGUACGCCCGCAGACCGACGACCACAGCGACGUCGAGGACGAGGACGAGCGGAUGGACGAUGCGCCGUCCGAGGAGGGGGAGGAGGAGGAGGAGGGGGAGGAUGGAGACGACGAUGCCUCAGAAGACGAGGGUGAAUCCGAGCCCGAGGUGCCUAUCCCUCUAUCCCCCACCUCAGCACUAUCCAAGAUCUCCUUCGGCACACUCUCCAAAGCCGCCACCUCCCUCCGCCAAUCCCAAUCGCGCCCCUCCGCAAACCCCACCCCCGCCGCCCCCAAAUCCACCCCCGCCGCCACAAAAGACAAAAAACCCCGCAAAACCCGCAAAGAGCUGAAACGCACCUCCAAGCACGCGCCGCAAGAGCUCUCGUCCAAGCGCGCCGUCACGCGGCGGCGCGAGGUUGUCGCGCCGCUCGUGCCGGCGGGGCUGAAGCCGCGGGACCCGCGGUUCGAUACUGCUGUGAAGGGGGUGUUUGAUGAGCGGGUUUUCAGGAGGAACUAUGAUUUCCUGGAGGGGUAUCGCGAGGAGGAGGUGAAGGUGCUCAAGAGGGAGAUGGAGAAGGAGCGGGAUGCGGGGAGGAGGGGGGAGAUGGAGAGGGUUGUGAGGAGUAUGGAGUCCAAAAAGCAACAACAGGCACAAAAGCAGCGCAGCGAGGAGCUGCUGCGCGAGCACAAGAAGAAGGAGCGCGAGAUGAUCAAGCAGGGGAAGAAGCCCUUCUACCUCAAAAAAACCGAGCAGAAAAAGAUGCUCCUGCUCGACAAGUACCGCAAGCUCAACCCCAAGCAGCUCGACAAGGCGGUCGAGAAGAAGCGCAAGCGCAAGGCGCAGAAGGAGCACAAGAACAUUCCGUACGCGCGGCGGGAGGCGUAG